AUGCGCACAGCCCAGCAGCACUCGAGCCCUUCCAUGGAAAACGGCUCUUGGCUCACAGCCCGCCAAGACUCGCCAUCGCGAAGACUGCCGAUCCUGCCCCAGCCAUCCAUCCGUGGCCUCGAGAUUCACGGAGCCGGCUAUGUACCCGCGUCUCCAGACCAACAAAACACAAUCCGGAAUGCUGCUUGUGCGGAGGCAGACCACGCGGAGCAGGAGCGGCUCCAAUCGCACCCUGCUUGUUCUGUCCUAGCUGAGCGUCCGUUAUUGCUGCAUGCACAUGUUCUCCCGUUCUCUCAACCGUUGCCUCCGCCUUUUCUCCGACCUUUCCUGCACGUCGGAUCCAGGGUGUCCGGGCCAGCCCGGGUCGCCGAAGGAGCCUCCACAGAUCCAGAGCUGCAUGAUCUUGGCGCGAUGGAGAAGGGGCUGGUCGCCCGGACCGCCCAGGACCCGGACACGUCCCCGAAGCGAGCACACAGGGAAAACGCGGGUCCCGAUUGUCCGCAGGACACCGGCCGGCGCGAGUGCGGCUAUUGGUGGCGCGCCUCCGGCCGUGCUGUGAAGGCCUCUCUGGCCCAGAGCGAUCGCGAUCCGAGAGACUGUCCGCCGGCGCGCCGCUGCAUCCUUCACAAACACCCGUCUGCUCGGCCCGUGCGUCUCUCGGCUCCUCCGGCCCGGCCCGGUCUGCAGGCACUCCGCGCCGUCGCCGGGCUUGUGAGUGUCCGAGUCCCGAGCCGUGGGGCGCGUGCUCCCGGCUCCGGGAGCACGGAGAGACUGUUCACGGCCCCCCGCUUACACCCGCCAAGAUACAUGCCUGACUGA